GAGAGCGAGAGCGAAGGGGGGAGCGGACCCCGGUGGAAACUAGGGACUCCCCCUCUCCUCCCGGAACCGGAACCAAGUCCAACCCGGACACUUUCCUUCUCGGCCAGGGAGCAGGGCAGCCAGUUCUCCUGGCACUGCUGUCAAUCCCAUUCAGAAUCACCGUGGAGCAAGGAGAGUGAAUUCGAGACGAAAGAAGUGUUCCUUCACCCCACAUUCCCCUCCCUCCCUUUCUCCCCUUCUCCCUGUCUGUUGCCACACGAUGGCCUCCGACAGCCCUGAGUCGCUCAUGACGCUGUGUACGGAUUAUUGUCUGCACAACUUGGAAGGGACGCUCUGCUAUCUGCUGGACAACGAGACCCUCCGGCUCCAUCCGGACAUUUUCCUGCCAAGCGAGAUCUGCGACAGACUCGUCAACGAGUAUGUGGAGCUGGUGAAUUCUGACAGCAUCUUUGAACACAACGAGAGCUUCUUCACGCUGUUUUCCGAUCCGCGGAGCACCAGGCUGGCCCGAAUCCAUUUGCGGGAGGACAUUGUGCAGGACCAGGAUCUGGAAGCCAUUAGAAAGCAGAAUGCCUCUUCUGAUACUAUCGCAGAAGAGGUGUUCCUCCUUUCGAUCACGGUUGAGGGAAUAAUACCAUUUAAGAAGAACCCUUUCCGCUUCCACAAACAGCAGAGGGAGCAUUUGGACAUCUCCCGAGACCGUCUGUUUAGUUAUUACAAAUUCAAGCUGACCCGCAAAGUUCUGAACCUCUUUGUGGAGAACUUGGUGAACCUGACCUCGCUGGACAUCUCGGGACACACCAUGCUGGAGAAUUGCACCAUCUCGAGCAUGGAGGAGAAAGCAGGCCAGACGAGCACCAAUCCAGAGAAGAGCAGCAUCGCCCCCUUCCGGAAUCUGAAGCGGCCACUCCAGUUCCUGGGUCUCUUUGAGACCUCUCUUUGCCGUCUCUCCUACAUCCCGGCUUACAAGGUAAGGCAGGAACAGAACAGAAAAAGACCGGUCUCUGACAGUUUUUGUGAAGAACAGGACAGGGGGUAG